CUGAUAAUCUCAGUGAACCCCUUUCGCCGUGGCAUGGGAGUAAAACGUCUUACGUUAACUUACAUCACGUACAGUUUGAAUCGAAAACUUCACCAAUCAACAACUGUGUUGGUCGCUUUUUUUUCAGUCGUUUAGAUUUGAACCGCAAGCGGUACAAGCAAUCAGAACAAGUGAUUCCGUUGCCCGGGCCGACGGUUAGUGUGCAGCUCUGAACAGUAAGUGAAGAAAAGCAGUUCCGGCAGUUCCGGCAGUCACGGAAGAUAGGCCCGCGACUCGAUGUCAAAGUUCGUGGUGAACAAUGUGGCCGGAGAGUCUGGCCGUAAGUUGCCGCAGUUCAUAGCCGGAUUGGCCGCCUCCGGUGGAGCGCUCGCGGCUGGUACCUUUCUAGGCUGGACUAAUCCGACCGAAACGCCGCUAACGAAAGAGAAUGAGUACGGAUUCGAAGUGACCACGGAGGCGUUUUCAUGGAUCGGUUCGAUAUCCAACCUGGGCGCCGCCCUCAUGUGUUUCCCAAUCGGCUAUAUGAUGAAGAUAAUUGGCCGUAAAUGGUCCAUGCUGGCGAUGGUAUUGCCGCUGGUUCUUGGGUGGUUACUGAUCAUAUUUGCUGAGAAUGUUGCGAUGCUGCUGGUUGGCCGUCUGUUUCUCGGCAUUGGUGGCGGUGCUUUCUGUGUAGCUGCACCGACGUAUACGGCCGAGAUCGCGCAACCAUCCAUCCGAGGUACGCUGGGUACCUUCUUUCAACUGAUGAUAACCGUGGGCAUCCUGUUCGUGUAUGCUGUUGGAUCGGGCGUCGAUGUGCAGGUUCUUAGCAUCAUCUGCGGCGUUAUACCAUUAGCAUUUGGGGCAAUUUUCUUCUUCAUGCCUGAGAGUCCUUAUUACUUUGUCGAAAAGGGAAGAUUUAGUGAGGCCUCCAAAUCGCUCAAGUGGCUCCGCGGAUCGAACUACGACGAGAAUGCCGAGCUAGAGGACAUGAAGCAGGAAGACGUCAAGAUGAAGGCAGAAGCAAUUCGAAUGGUGGAUGCCUUCCGCCAGAAAGCGACGAUACGGGCGUUGAUCAUUUCGCUAGGGCUUAUGUUUUUCCAGCAGCUGUCGGGUAUCAAUGCUGUGAUUUUCUAUAACUCGGGCAUCUUUAAGAGUGCUAACGGUGGUGAGGAAAUGAGUUCCGCUCCUAUCAUUGUCGGCGGUAUUCAGGUAGUGGCAACGCUCGCCGCCUCUAUUGUGGUGGAUAAGGUAGGACGUAGAAUCCUGCUGAUGGUAUCGGAUUUCAUGAUGGCUGUGUCGACCAUAUUGCUAGCCGUGUACUUCCAGCUCAAACAAGACGACCCGUCCAAAGUGAGCGAUCUCAACUGGCUGGCAGUGCUAGCCGUCUGUCUGUUCAUCGCUAUGUUCUCCAUCGGUUACGGUCCCGUGCCAUGGCUGAUGAUUGGAGAGCUGUUCGCGAACAAUGUCAAGGCGUUCGCAAGUCCCAUUGCUGGGGUGUUUAACUGGUUGCUUGCGUUCCUUGUGACGAAAGUGUUCACGAACCUUACCGAUGCUAUGGGUGAGGCCGGAGUGUUCUGGUUGUUCUCAGGGAUCUCGCUUGUAGGCACCGUAUUCGUUUAUGUGGUGGUGCCAGAAACGAAAGGAAAGUCUUUGGUUGAAAUCCAACGAUUAUUAGGGGGAGAAAAGCUCGACGGUACCGACCAUCAAAACGAUGAAAGUAAUGCCACCGAUACCAAUGCGGCUAAUCCUGUAAUGUAAGCAAUGCCAUUUUUUAAUACAUGUUUAUUAAGUACAUUCAACUUUUUUUUUCAAUAAUCCUAUACGCAUGGAAAUAAACUAAGUAAUCGAAAUUCAA